AUGGACGUUCCCGGCCUUCCCGAAGACGAUCUGGACACCGCCGAAGCAGAUCUCCACCCUCUCCUCCAGUUCUCAAAUUUUUAUGGCAUCACGAAACGGGAGUAUAGGCAGUUAGCUUCAGCCCUGCAGCUGGCUAACAAGUUCCUCACGGAAGAUGCGAUGCUCGGAUGGUGGGCGCAUACGAAGUUCGGCGUUCCGAUGAUACAGAGGAAAUCAGGAAAAAAGUACCUUGAAAAAGGACCGGAAGAAGCUGAUCGCGAGUCAGCUCUGUGGGAGAUCUAGAAGACACUGGUAGAGCUUGCGGAGAGCAUUGAAUUUGUGUUCCAGGAUCCGGCGACGUGGUGGCAUAAGCGUGGGGAGGAUAAUACGGACCGUGAGUGUGUGCCUAUUCCUAUGCGCCCGGCUCAUCCACAGGAUAGCACGGAUGGUGACCGUACUCCUGUUCUACCUCGCCUAGAUAGCCCCAGAGAGGAACUAAUGGGCCUGAGGGGCCAUUUGGAUAAUUUGGAAAAGGAGUUAAACAGCUUCCAGGAGGAUUUGAAAAAGCAUAGAGAGCAGCUGGAACGACAAAAGAACGAAUGGGAUGACCUGUUGAAGCGCCUGAGUAGGGUUCAAGCCAAGUUAUCCAACCUCGGGAAGUUAAACGGAGAACCCAUCACUUAGUCUGAAUACAAGAGCAAC